GCGGUGGAGCCAUGGCUGAUGGCGGCCGCACGCCUCAGGUCCGGGCGCUCCUGCAGCAGUGCCUGCAUGCCCGGCUGCAAGUUCGCCCAGCCGAGGGGGAUGCCGCGGCUCAGUGGGUGGAGGUUCAGAGAGGAUUAGUGAUCUACGUUUGCUUUUUCAAGGGAGCUGAUAAAGAACUUCUUCCCAAAAUGGUUAAUACACUGUUAAAUGUGAAAUUAAGUGAGACAGAAAAUGGCAAGCACGUCUCUAUACUGGAUCUACCUGGCGACAUUCUUAUCGUUCCUCAAGCCACCCUUGGGGGGAGAGUAAAAGGAAGAAACAUGCAAUAUCACUCUAACUCUGGAAAAGAAGAAGGAUUAGAACUUUAUUCCCAAUUUGUGAAUCUAUGUGAAAAAGAAUUAGCUGCUAACAGCAAGUGUGCCGAAGCUGGGGUUGUAGUGGAACAUGGCACUUUUGGGAACAGACAGGUGUUAAAGCUGGAUACCAAUGGACCAUACACACACCUAAUUGAAUUUUGAAAAUUAAAAAUUAGUUUCUACAGCUGUUUUCUGGUAUAAAAUGAUCUGAACUAUAAUUAGAUUUCUUGUUCUUCAUCUUGAAUACACUAACCUGUAGCAUUUUUAGCCUAGAAAAUCCUGGGUCCCCUACAUAACUUUGUAAUAGCUAAUUGAAUGACUUUACCAAGUCACAUAAACUCUAGAUCUCAGUCACCUUUUGUCCUGCUUUCUCCCACCCUUCCACUCAAAAAUUUGGAAAAUGCAUCUGUUCGCUUCAUAGUCAUUAAAGAAAUGACUAUAUUUAAAAGUUUAUAUUCUUAGCUAUAUUUAAAAGUUUACAUACAUUUUAAGUAUUUUGCAAUGAAGAAACUUGUG